UAUAUAAGGCACACACAAACAAACUCUGUCUCUCUCAUUGUUUUGUUUUGUCUUUCCCUUUGGUUGUGCAAAGAUGCCCAGUCUGUUCUCCAAACACCUCCACCUCUGUUUCUUCAAGCCCAAAUAUCCCACCAUUCUCUGCCAACACAGCCACCACACCCCUCCACCUUCUUCUGCCGACAACUCCGACGCCACCUCAUCCACCUCCACAGAACCAGACUUCGCCUCCAUCUUCGCUUCGCAGCGCUUCUUCUUCUCCUCCCCGGGCACCUCCAACUCCAUCGUCGAGUCCCCCGACACGCGCACCUUCGUCGUCCCCACCGGUGGCGGUGUCGGAGUCCCCAAGUACUCCCUCAACCCCUACGUCGAUUUUCUCCGCUCAAUGCAAGAAAUGAUACGUUCGCGCCAAGUCUUGGACAUCACUAAAGACUCCGAAUAUCUCCACGAACUUCUCCUUUGCUACCUCGCUCUCAACCCCACGCACACUCACAAACAUAUCCUUCGCGCUUUCACCGACCUCGUCCUCGAACUCUUGUCCUCCACGACCCCGUGCCGGACGACACACAACCACAACAGCCACCGACGCCACCGUAGUCUCUCUGGAAGGUUGCUGUAAAAAACAACAACAUUAACUUAUUAACACGAGGUUCGUUUCAAGUAAUUUUAUUUUUUAAACAUGUGUUGGUCCACGCAUGAAAAACAUUUAUGGGAAGAUAUCGAUCUCUUAAAUGGAUUUAAAAGUUAGUCAUUGGCUCUCAGACCAAGAGAUACCCUGGGUUCAAAAAAAUAUUUGCGGUUGUAUGAUCCGCUUUAUGGGAUUAUUUUUGUAACUUUGGUAAUAGUGGGAGCAAGGCGAUGUUUGUAUUUUGAUGAUCAAAAAGACAAAGUUAGCGAAACCAAGGAAGGAUGGAUGCUGUUUCAUUAUAAUAUAGAGUACUCAUAAUAGUGCUGCUGCUUUGUAAUGUAAAAUAACUAAACUACAACUACUCUCUCUGGGUUCUCUUUAAUUAUUUGUUUUUUUUUAAAGAAAAAAAAAGGGUGCUGUAAUUUGUUGGAAUUAUUGUGUGACGUUGGUGAUGGGGAUA